AUGUCUUAUUAUGAGCUCCUGGUGACUUCGCUUCCCAAAUCGGUUGCGGAGCCGUGGCUCUAUGGAGCUGUGUGUCACGGAUUGCUCUGCUUUGAGGACCUCUGCGGCGCCACCUUUCUCUUCAACCCUCUGACCCGAGAAGCCGUCUUGCUGCCGAGCGACCUGUUGCACGAACGGGCUUACCUGGACAGUAUCGGAAUCGGGGUGGACCGCCUGACCAGCCUGUACAAGAUCCUGCGCGUGAGCUAUUCUCUCGGUAAAGACCUCUCAGUCCACCCGAUUAUUAGGGCAGAGGUCCUCGAUCAGGGCUCGUGGUCAUGGAGGGACACAGUGAGCGCCCCUCCCGACCUCCCCGUCGGAGCCCCCGUGUACGCUGCCGGAUCGAUCCACUGGAGUGUCGCCGGCGGCGGAGGCCACAUUGUCGGGACCUUGUCAUUCGACCUCGCAAAGGAGGAGUUUGGGCCUACUCCGUUCCCGGAGCUUCGAGGCACCCGCCUGGUCCGCCUGGUGGACCACCGGGGAGCUCUGGGGCUCAUCGACCCCUCGCUUCAGGAGAGCGUGGAUAUGUGGGUGAUGGAGGAGAGCGGGCUGUGGGUGAGGAAGCACAGGAUCCCGCUGACGUUGCUGGGAUGCGUGUCUAGUCACCAGUUCGGCGAGUUUCUGGGCUGUGGUGGCCGGAAGAUGGUGCUCAAGCACCGGAGCGGCCUCUUGAGCUAUGAUCCGGCGACUGACGAGCUGGAGUACGUGCAGAGGGGCCGCGAGUUGCCGGCCAGAGUUGUAGGCAGCAUCACCGUGAGUUUGCUUUCGCCGGCGAAGUUGUGGAAUGCGGACAAGGUCCUGUUUUUUUAG